AUGGAAAAUAAUAAGAUAAAAGAAAAAUUAGUUUUACACGGAGCUUGUCAUUGCAAAAAGGUAAAAUACACAUGCAGUUUAAAUGUAUCUAAUAUAUUAGAUAUCAUUAGCUACAAGUGUAACUGUUCAAUUUGUUCUGUAUAUAGGUUUUGGGAAAUUUUAAUUAAAGAAAAGGAUAUGGUAGAAAUUAAAAAAGAAUCAUUAAAAGAAUACAAAUUUGAACCAUUCAAUCAUAUACAUUACUUUUGUAGCGAAUGUGGGACCCAUCCUUUUGGUUUUUCUAAAAUUGGUGUGGAAGAAACAGAUAAUGAACCAUUUUAUUUUAUCAAUGUACCAACUAUUAUUGGUCUUACACCUGAAAUAUUGGAGGGUUUAAAUAAAAAAGUUCGUUAUUUAGAUGGUGAAAGUGACAAUUUUAAACACGAACCAAGUUUUAAAAGUUAUCUUUAA